AAUAAUAUUAAAAACCUCAGUGCGUUUUAUACAAAUACUAAAUUGAAACAACCCACUGGGCGCUCAAUGGCAAGACUGUGUUCCCUUUUGGUAGCGUUUCAGACGAGAAGAGUGGGCGGGCUAUCAUCGUCAGUCGAGUUCUGUGAUGCUAGUAACUAAAAAUAUCCGGGAUAAAGGCGUCGUUGUAGCCGGAUUCGUCGCAUUGUUUAACUGAAUGAACGUCCGGUUCAAAUACAUGUAUGUAAUAUAAUCGACCUUAUAAGUCUGCCCUGGAGAAGUGAUCUGUACUGUAGACAAGACGAGUUGUUUGUGCUGACUCAGGAUGGCAGAAGCUCAUCAGGCUGUGGCCUUUCAGUUUACUGUGACCCCUGAUGGCAUUGACCUUCAGCUCAGUCAUGAAGCUCUUCGGCAGGUCUAUCUGUCCGGGCUUCACUCCUGGAAGAAGAGAUUUGUCCAGUUCAAGAAUGGGGUUUUGAAUGGGGUGUACCCAGGAAGCGCACCGGGGUUCAUGCUUGUGAUGGCAGGAUACAUGGGAAGAGCACAUUAUUUAAAAGUGGACCCUUCCCUAGGCCUGCUUUUUAAACUUGGCAAACAUGUUCCAAUCAGUAGGUACAUGUCUCCUCAAACGCAGAUGGUAGUUGGGGGUGUCAUGGUGGGCAUUGGUGUGUGGGUUACCAUCAUAUUUACGAUGAGGAGUGUCCUGAAGGGCCUGUUGUCCUGGCACGGCUGGAUGUAUGCCCCCCGUGGCAAAAUGACCUGGAAAAUACAAUUUUGGGUGAUGCUAGUAAAGAUUUUUUCCGGCAUGCAAACGCCAAUGCUGUACAGCUUCCAGACUUCACUCCCUCACUUACCUGUGCCCUCUGUGAAGGAUACAAUGAAAAGAUAUCUCGAGUCAGUCCGGCCAUUGCUGAAUGAUGAGGAAUAUGAAAGAAUGGAAGGUCUUGCACUAGACUUUCAGAAGAACCUUGGACCAAAACUUCAGUGGUACCUCAAACUGAAGUCUUGGUGGGCCACCAACUAUGUCAGUGAUUGGUGGGAAGAAUAUAUCUACUUGAGAGGUCGUGGGCCAAUCAUGGUUAACAGCAAUUACUAUGCAAUGGACUUUCUGUAUGUCUUUCCCACACAUCUGCAAGCAGCAAGAGCUGGAAACUCUAUCCAUGCCAUCAUGCUUUACAGGAGGAAGUUGGACCGGGCUCAAGUUAAGCCGCUUUUUGCACUAGCGAACAGCGUUCCUCUCUGUUCUGCACAGUGGGAGCGGUUAUUUAAUACAUGUCGCGUCCCAGGCCAGGAGAGGGACUCUGUGCAGCAUGUGUCUGACAGCAGGCAUGUUGUGGUGUACCACCGAGGCCGUUACUUUAAAGUGGGGCUAUUCUAUGAUGGACGGUUGCUGUUGCCGCGAGAGAUAGAGCAACAGAUGGAGAGAAUCCUGGCUGACACUUCUGAGCCGCAGCCUGGAGAGGAAACCCUUGCUGCCCUUACUGCCGGAAACAGAGUGCCUUGGGCGUGUGCCCGUAAUGCCUACUUAAGACACGGUAAGAACAAACAGUCUUUGGAUGCUGUGGAGAAGGCCGCUUUCUUUGUUACACUGGACGAUACAGAGCAGCGCUAUGAUCCAGACGAUCCUGUAAAGUCCUUGGACCGCUAUGCUAAAUCCCUGCUCCACGGGAAAUGUUAUGACCGGUGGUUUGAUAAGUCUUUCAACCUAAUCGUGUUUAAGAAUGGAACAAUGGGCCUUAAUGCAGAACAUAGUUGGGCUGACGCUCCCAUCAUUGGCCACCUUUGGGAGCAUGUGCUCUCGAUGGAACCUGUUAAGCUGGGCUAUGCUGAAGAUGGCCACUGUAAAGGAAAACCUUACCCUAAUCUGCCUGGACCUCAAAGACUUCAGUGGAGUAUCCCACCUGAGUGCCAAACUAUGAUUGCCAACUCUCUAUCUGUGGCUGAGGCUUUGGCUGAUGAUGUGGACUCUCACAUCAUUCCCUUCAGUGACUUUGGAAAGGGCCUGAUCAAGAAGUGCAAGACCAGUCCUGAUGCAUUCAUCCAACUGGCACUACAGCUGGCCCAUUUUAGAGACAAAGAGAAGUUUUGCUUGACUUACGAGGCAUCGAUGACACGUUUAUUCAGAGAAGGACGUACAGAGACAGUGCGGUCCUGCACCGUAGAGUCUUGUGCAUUUGUUCGUGCCAUGGUCAACAACGACAUGAGAGAAGAGAAACUUCGAUUACUAAAGCUGGCUGCUGAAAAACACCAGCAGAUGUACAGACUGGCAAUGACUGGAAAAGGCAUUGACCGACAUCUCUUCUGCCUCUAUGUAGUGUCUAAAUACCUUGGACAGGAUUCCCCUUUUCUCCAGGAGGUAUUGUCAGAGCCUUGGAGACUCUCCACCAGUCAGACUCCUCUACAGCAGCUGGAGCUGUUUGACCUGGUGAGACACCCAGAAUAUGUUACAAGCGGAGGAGGCUUUGGACCAGUUGCUGAUGAUGGUUACGGUGUUGCUUAUGUGAUUGUCGGAGAAAACCUUAUCAAUUUCCACAUCUCUUCCAAGCGUUCCAGCCCAGAGACAGACUCUCAUCGCUUUGGAAACAAUAUCAGACAAGCAAUGGUUGAUAUGCUGAAUCUUUUUCAGCUUGACACAAAAGACCCCAAAGUGAUUUGAUUGGUGAAAUAAAAAAUAUUCUUUUAAACUUUCACCUUAAUUAUAUAUAUCAUCACUGUUGAGUGAAACUUGAAAUGUUUUUUUUUUAUUAACCUUUUUUUCUUGUGUUGUCUUGUUUGUUUGCAUGCGUGUGUGAGAUGCUGCAUAUGAAGGAGAUAAAUAGGGAGGAAGUGUGAGUUUCUAAGAGGAAUCUCAUUCUGUGAUGUUAUGCGUUUGUACCUUAACAUGUGUCUUCACUAAACAGUUUAAUGCCGGUGUUUUGACAUGAAAGAUUAGUCUCAUUUGACAGAUUUUAUAUUGUUGGUGUUGUGUUGAUGCAGUGUACAGUAAGUUUGAAUGUUGGGGAAUUUCUCCCUGACCUCAGAAAUAGAAUGUCUUAAUGCUUAUAUAAGGCCUUUUUGUACAUUAAUUUCCAUUUUAUUAUUUGAGAAAGUUAUUUUGCUUUCAUUGUGUUCUUAUGUUUCAUUUUUAAUUAUUACAUUAUUUUGGAAAAUGUUAAAACUGAUUUUAGUUGCAGGAAGUAUGCAUGUAAUCUGUUAGACUUAAUUAUUUUGUGCUUUUAUAUGUUUAAUGACACCAUUGCCAACACCGUGGCCAUGCUAGUUUUCUGAAUUACCAAUUCAGAAUGAGCAUAUUCAAUCAAAGCAUAUUAAACAGAAUGUCAAAUGAAUGUAAACGUUUUUUCCCAAUUUUUUA